ACUAUCCAGUUAAUUCUGGCUCCUCACUGCGCAUGCGCCAAAUCAGGAUAGUGGGACUGUGUCCGGCGCGUUUGGGAGGAGCGGGUUCAGUUUCCUUCUUUGAAGAGCUGCAGGAAUUAUGGGAGCCGUGUUCCUGCCAGCAGAUGCCGCGCACUCGGUGCUGCGGAGGCUCCCGAGAGCAAACUUCUUCUUGGAGGAGAUGAAACAAGGGAACAUCCAGCGAGAAUGCAGGGAGGAAAUCUGCAAUUAUGAAGAAGCCAGGGAGGCGUUUGAGAAUGACGAAAAAACUAGGCGAUUCUGGGAGGAGUACCAGCGUGAGAGCAGCCCCAGGCCUGGCGGACUGGAAUCCAUCGCCGGUGGCAUUCAUUCUCUGUACCUGAUCUUACCCCUGCUGCUGGUUUUGCUGCUCAUUGCUGUGGUUUCCAUCACGGUUUGGAGAUGCCACUCACGCAAAAGAUACCAGCAAAGCCCUGCCAUUGGGCGUCCACAAAGAGACACAACCCUAUCAGUGGUGUCCAUGGACCAGUGGGGUCGGGACUACCAUCCUGACAUCAGUCCUCACUCAGAGAUCAGUGCCCACAGUAGCCCCGCCUACCCUGGUGCUGACCUCACACCUGGGCGGGGCAGUCGGGGUGACCCGCCCCCUUCAUACGAGGAAGCUGUGGGCCAUACAGAUAUACAGAUUGAAGCGGAGCCUCCACCACAAUAUGAAGACAUCAUCAGUAACCACGGUAACACAGUUAUCAUCUCCCAGGGAAAGUGACAGAUCUUCCAGGAAUGUUAUCCAGCCUCAUCCUAGAAAUAUUUUUUUAACAACAUCACUACUUCAGUGACAGGCUUUUCAACUCCAGCACUAGCAAAACAGCUAAACUUCUUUACUUAAUGUGAAGAGAAAACAACUAAUGCACUAACAUUAUUCUCAGUACUAUUACUCAGAUACUGAUAAACAUUGAAUUGCUUUGAUUUCAGAGAUGUUCGUAGAACUCGUAACAACAUGAAUCCUGAUCCAAGCCCAAAUCCAAUGACAAAGUACUGUAAUGUCAUCAGCCAUUCUUUCGAGUUAGUAAGUCCUAUGAAUGUCAGGACAUCUUAGAAAUGAACUGAACAUUUGGUCAGUUGUGGCUUCUCAUGGGACAAUUAAAACAUAUACUUGUAAAUAAUCAGAUUCAGAGGAAAAAAAAUGCACAAUAUUUUCAGGAAGUUUAAAUUGUAUUGUUUACUGACAUUCAAGGUUCAUUGUAACCUUUAUUAGUAGCCACUUAAACUUGGACUAUCUCUGUUUAAUUGCAUAGACUAUGCACUGGACUCGCAGCCUCAAUGACAUGCUGAUAUUGGGUUGAUUUAAAAAAAAAAAAAAAUUCAUUAGUUGAGGCGUUAAACACUGUGUGUUAGAUUUAGUUAGCCUAUUGGAAACAUUUCAGAUGAAUGGAUAACAAGUUAACAGUGUGAAUUUGCUGAUAAUACAUUGCUGAUAACAUUGACCAAACAAAUUCAAUCCUGAUUUUAUGUAGCAUCAUGGUUGUUAAUGCUGAAUCAGCCUCACUGGGCACCAAGUCAACAUAUGUGAGGUUUUGACUCCUAUUUGGAUCUGGGAAAAUACAAUACUGCGUGGAGUCGUUCACCCAAAAAUAGAAAUUUGCUGAAAAUUUACUCACCCUCAGGCCAUCCAAGAUGUAGAUGAAUUUGAAUGUAAGGUAUGGUAACCCAUACUCAGAAUUGGUGCUCUGCAUUUAACCCA